ACUCACCACCAAAACGACAGCAUAUAUCUGCAAAGAUGUCACAACCUAUCACAUCUCUCACUCUCCCAGGCAACCCUGCACACCUCCUUCCUCCAUCAUGGAAGGCUGUCAUCACCACCUGGCUAGCCGAGGAUGCUCCCAGCUUUGACUAUGGAGGUUUCGUUGUUGGAGAGGACGAGAAGACCGCAACCCUUUACGGAAAGAGCGAGGGUGUUCUCGCCGGCCGUCCCUUCUUUGAUGAAGUCUUUACCCAACUUGGUUGCACGGUAACCUGGCACCUCGACGAAGGGACCUCCUUCACCCCUAUCCGAAAAGUUGCCACAGUCCGCGGUCCAGCUCGAAAAAUCCUUCUUGGCGAACGCGUUGCCCUCAACACCCUCGCCCGCUGUUCUGGUAUUGCGACAACGUCUCGACGCUUGCUGAAUUUGGUGCGUGCGGCCGGGUAUGAAGGGAUUUUGGCAGGAACGAGGAAGACCACACCAGGGUUUAGGGUUGUGGAGAAGUACGGCAUGUUAGUAGGAGGUGUUGAUGCGCAUCGGUAUGAUUUGUCCUCAAUGAUCAUGUUAAAGGACAAUCAUGUUUGGUCGACUGGAUCUAUCACAAGCGCUGUCAAGGCUGCUCGUGCAGUGGGUGGUUUUGCUGUGAAGAUCGAGGUUGAGGUUCAGUCCGAGGCAGAGGCCGAUGAGGCGAUUGAGGCUGGUGCUGAUAUUGUCAUGCUGGAUAACUUUACCGGUGAUGGAUUGAAGGUUGCGGCGAAGAACAUCAAGCAGAGAUGGGCUGGAAAGAGGGAAGUCUUGUUGGAGUGCUCCGGAGGUUUGACAGAGAAGAAUGUCGGUGCCUUCUUGAACAACGACAUCGACAUUGUUUCGACAAGCUCCAUCCAUCAAUCGGUGCAGCAUGUCGACUUCUCCCUCAAGAUUGACAAAUAAAGAACAUGGACUGUACGAUAGAGAUGGUCUAUGAUACCUGGUAUGCGAUUGAAGAAGUGCUCGCAAAUGCAUAUGCUAGAACAAUAAGAAAAGGGAGUUAAAAAUGAUGAACAGUG